AUGUCCCGGCCGGGCGAAAAUGUUGACAGGAUUCUGGCCUCUUCGGCAUCUGGUGUGACGCUCUUGAUCAUUGUUCAAAUAGCCUCUAGGCUGUUCACGUUCAUCGCAAAUCAAUUGAUCCUACGAACUCUUUCCCCAGCAAUCCUUGGAAUUGGUACUCAACUGGAGUUAUACUUCAUCUCGAUACUAUACUUUUCCAGGGAAAGCAUCAGAACAGCGAUUCAGCGACAACCUUUCCAUGGGGCAUCUGCUAGUGCUAUCCACGAUGGGAGCUACGAUCAGAUAAAUGGCAAACUUAGUCGAAACGCUCAACCACAGACAAUAUCUUCGCAAUCAGUAGUAAACAUGUCUUAUCUGAGUAUCAGCAUGGGAGUCCCAUCAGCUUUGAUAUUCGCGACAUUGUACACACAGUUUGCUUCCAGAGAAGUUUCUGAAACACCUUUCUAUCUAGUCGGUGUUGCGAUCACCACAGUUGCAUCCCUUAUGGAGCUUUGCGUUGAGCCUUUCUUUGCUGUGGUGCAGCAGUAUACAUUGUACAAGAAGCGCGCAAUAGUGGAGACAGCUGCAGCAUUUAUGAAGAGCCUAACCGUGUGUGGUUUAUUUUCAUGGUCUUCUUGGAAAGACCAAGACUUGGGCGUCCUUCCAUUCGCUCUGGGUUACCUUUGUUACUCUUUGUCACUUAUUUGUGGGUAUUAUCUAACCAUACCAAAGUUAACAAGUCGAUGGCAGUUCUCGCUGCUCCUUACCAAAAUUAGAUUGAGUGAUAAUUCAAUCUACCUGGCAGAUAGGUUCCCAAGGCACCUAGUUACACUUUCCACAAAUGUCUUUUUCCAGUCCAUCGUAAAACACCUCCUGACUCAAGGCGACGCAAUGAUGCUGGCAGCAAUGACGAGCUUAAAAGACCAAGGUAUAUACUCUUUGGCAUCAAACUAUGGCGGCCUGGCAGCGCGCGUUCUAUUCCAGCCUAUCGAAGAAAACAGCCGAGCUGUCUUUUCAUCUCUGCUCAACUCUGGGAAACAAUAUACAAACAAUGUCAGCGCAGCUAAGGCACAUCUAAUCGAGAUCUUACGAGCAUAUGAAAUGCUAGCUGUUUUCAUAUUCCCUUUGGGGCCGUAUCUGGUUCCACGAAUACUAUCUCUUUUGGGCGGACACAGGUGGGCUUCUCCGGAAGUUGGUAGUUUACUCUCACUCUAUUGCUAUUACAUACCAUUCUUGGCAUUCAACGGUAUAACCGAGGCAUUCGUUUCGUCUGCAGCUAGUGCUUCUGACCUCCGAAGACAAGCCUACUGGAUGGGGUUGUUUUCAGCAAGCUUUGCUUUAGCAGCUUACCUAUUUUUGAAAAUCGGUGGUUUGGGUGCCCAUGGACUGGUCUGGGCUAACAUUUUCAACAUGGCAGUCCGUACGGCCUGGAGUUUUAUGUUCCUCCGGUCCUACUUUUGUCUGCAUGGCAGUAACCUAGCCCUGUCUGAAUUCUGUCUACGACCCCAAACAUGGAUUGCUGCGGCUCUGUCAUCGGUGAUCCUGGCCAGACAAGGACACGACGGUACUGACUAUCGUAGUUCUGUGAAGGCAUUAAUGCUUUGUACUGGUUAUAGCCUCCUGAUGUAA